ACCAAAUUAACAAAUGGAUGUCUCACAAUUUCCUCCAGCUGAACACAGAUAAAACUGAAGUAAUUAUAUUUGGGAAAAGAGAGGAGAGACAAAAGAUUGCUACUAUCCUUGAAACGAAGGGACUGAAAGCAAGGGAAACAGUUAAAAAUCUUGGGGUCCUCAUUGACAGUGACCUAAACUUCAACAGUCACAUGAAAGCUAUUACUAAGUCUGCAUUUUAUCACAUAAAAAACGUCUCUAAAUUUAGGGGCCUGAUGUCUAAACAUGAUCUGGAGAAGCUAAUACAUGCCUUUAUUUCUAGUAAAGUUGAUUACUGUAACAGUCUUUUUACUGGCCUCCCCAAUAAAACCAUUAAACAGCUUCAACUUGUACAAAACGCAGCUGCAAGGGUUCUUACAAAGACAAGGAAGUUCGACCACAUUACUCCAAUUUUAAGAUCGCUGCAUUGGCUCCCAGUAAGCUACAGAAUUGAUUUUAAGGCUAUGCUACUUGUGUUUAAAUCACUAAAUGGAAUGGGACCCACAUAUCUACUGGAUAUGUUUCAGCUGUAUGCACCAACUAGGUCACUAAGGUCAACGGAGAAGAAUUUGCUGGUGAUUCCAAAAGUCAAAACAAAGUGUGGAGAGGCAGCCUUUAGCUUCUAUGCUUCAAAGCUUUGGAACCAGCUUCCAGAUGACAUAAAAAAUGCACCCACUAUUGAUAGCUUUAAAUCUAGACUCAAGACAAAGCUGUUCUCAGAUGCUUUCCCCUAGCUUAAAUUACUUAUUCUUAUUAUUUUUAUUUUUUAUUUAAUUUGUUUUAUUUUAUUUUAUUUUAUUAUUAUUUUUACCUUAUGUUUUAUCUUAAUGUUUUUAAAUGCUUUUUGACUCUAAUUCAUUUCCUUCUUUCUUCCCUGUUUCCUUUCAUUUACAUUUGUUAACUUUGUGAAGCACAUUGAGUUGCACCUGUGUAUGAAAUGCGCUAUAUAAAUAAACUUGCCUUGCCUUGCCUUGUGUGUGUGUGUGUGUGUGUGUGUGUGUGUGUGUGUGUGUGUGUGUGUGUGUGUGUGUGUGUGUGUGUGUGUGUGUGUGUGUGUGUGUGUGUGUGUGUGUGUGUGUGUGUUGGGCUUUGGCUUGAGGUUGUGUUGAACAUGUUGUGUUACUCUCAUGUGUGUCUACAGCCUGCGGUGGUGUGACCUCUCAGACAGCAGCUGUUCAUCUCUAGCUGCAGCUCUCAGCUCAAACGCCUCCAGUCUGAGACAUCUGGACCUGAGUGUGAAUGAACAACUGGGUGAUUCAGGAGUGAAGCUGCUGUCUACUGGACUGGAGCAUCCAAACUGUAGACUGGAGACACUGAAGCUAGGGGGGUGUGACCUCUCACACAGCAGCUGUUCAUCUCUAGCUGCAGCUCUCAGCUCAAACUCCUCCAGUCUGAGACAUCUUCGCCUGAGUGUGAAUGAACAACUGGGUGAUUCAGGAGUGAAGCUGCUGCUGCAGGAGUGUAAUCUCUCAGACAGCAGCUGUUCAUCUCUAGCUGCAGCUCUCAGAUCAAACUCCUCCAGUCUGAGACAUCUGGUCCUGAGUGGGAAUAGAGAACUGGGUGAUUCAGGAGUGAAGCUGCUGUCUACUGGACUGGAGCAUCCAAACUGUAAACUGGAGACACUGGAGCUGCAGGAGUGUAAUCUCUCAGACAGCAGCUGUUCAUCUCUAGCUGCAGCUCUCAGAUCAAACCCCUCCAGUCUGAGACAUCUGCACCUGAACUACAAUACACAACUGGGUGAUUCAGGAGUGGAGCUGCUGUCUCCUGGACUGGAGCAUCCAAACUGUAGACUGGAGACACUG